UGUCCACAGAUCGGCCAUGUGUUUGCUUGCUAAAAAUUUCAAAAACAAGUUUGGAAAUUGCAGCGAGUUUUGUUGUUUUUAUACAUCAUUUUGCAAUUGAAUUUUGCCUCCGAAUUUUCCAGCUCCAUCCCUAUUGUUCAUCGCAAAGAGUCUUUUGAUCACACGUUCUUUUCCUGAUUUUCUGCCAGCGAUGUCGGAAUUUAGAGUUUGUGAAUCUCCCGGGUGCAACGCUGCUUCGAACCUUCAGUGUCCGACUUGCGUGAAACUCGGAAUUCAAGGCUCUUAUUUUUGUACUCAGGAUUGUUUCAAAAGCAGCUGGAAAACGCACAAAUUACUCCACAAGCUUGUCCAAGGAAAGGAUGAAACCUUGACCAAUAAUUCAAGUAGCGUCUACGACCCUUGGCCUUACUUCAAAUUCACAGGAAAACUUCGGCCGUUUCCGCAGUCGUCGACCAGGACUGUUCCCUUGCAAAUCCCAAGACCAGACUACGCCGACCACUUCAAAGGUCACCCUGUUUCUGAGCAGAAGGAGAAAAACAACCACCAAAUCAAAGUUCUAAACGAUGAGGAAAUCGAGGAGAUGAGAGUUGCCUGCAAGUUGGGCAGAGAAGUUUUGGAUGAGGCAGCCAAAGCACUGAGCGUGGGUGUUACGACAGAUGAGGUGGACAGAAUCGUCCACGAGGCCUGUGUCGAAAGGAACUGCUACCCUUCGCCACUCAACUAUUAUCAGUUUCCGAAGUCUUGCUGCACCUCGAUUAACGAAGUGAUUUGCCACGGAAUUCCAGACCACCGACCUUUGCAGGACGGAGACAUCUGCAAUGUCGACGUCACUGUUUAUCAUCGAGGCUUCCACGGUGAUUUGAAUGAGACUUUUUACAUCGGAGACGUCAAAGAUUCGGGGAAGAAGCUUGUUAAUGUGACAUGGGAGUGCUUGAGCAAAGCAAUGGAUAUUGUUAAGCCUGGGGAGAAAUACAGAGAGAUCGGAAACAUUAUCCAGAAACAUGCGCAGGCCAAUAAUUUCUCCGUUGUCCGGAGUUACUGCGGCCACGGAAUUAACCAGCUCUUCCACACGGCACCAAGUGUUCCUCAUUAUGCAAAGAAUAAAGCGAUUGGCAUUAUGAAGCCCGGCCACUGCUUUACAAUUGAGCCGAUGAUUUCCGAAGGCUCGUGGCGAGACGAAAUGUGGCCCGACAACUGGACUGCGGUCACUGUGGAUGGAAUGCUUUCGGCCCAAUUCGAGCACACUCUGCUUGUGACUGACGACGGAGUCGAAGUUCUGACGCAGCGCCCUGGAAACCCCCUGCCCCAUUUCCUGAGCCCCUAAUUUUGUAUUUUGCAAGCAGAUUAAAGUGGAAACCAUGUUUUUUGGUUAAA